CGCAGAGAGCAGCUUGAGGGAUUCUACAGCAAAAUCAUCUGUCCCAAAGAAAAGGACCCUCCAAGGUGGUUCUGUUGAUAAGGAGUUCCUAGUGGCAAAUAGGCGGGUCUUGCCAGGGACUUGUCCACAACGUCUAUGUUUCUCCGGCGUUCUUUUGACCCACACGCCAACAGAUGCAUGCCUCUGGGUGCAAUAAUUGCAAAAGCCAUGGAGUAUUUUCAGACCCAUUACUUUUGCCUUGACAUUGUUCCACAUCUUCUGUCAUUGGUCGGGCGGGCAUCUACCAAUGCCACCAGUGUGUCAAAAUUAGCUAGCAAUGCUCGACUCCAGUAUGGCUAGUUUAUUCGUCAAGACAAGCUCAACAAAUUACACGAGGGCCACUCUAGAAUUAAGAUUUAUUCGUGUGACACGCUUAUCUUUAGCGUUAAUUAAUAUUGUCCAACAUUUAGCUUGAUUAAUGUCAGCUAUAACGUUAAGGUAUUUCUACAUACGGGCGCCGCCAUAUUUUUUCUUGACAAACACCAUGUUUCCGGUUCUAUCGAAAAUAGUUCUCCCUUCGUUUGAUCAGACACUUUUAGUUCCGACUAGACAGUGACGCCUUGAUCAGACCGAUAGUGCCCUGCGCAAAAUAGAACGCAGCAUCAUCUGGAUAUGGGUGCAACAAAAGUUCAACAUUCACCUACUGCUACCUUUUCUGUCAAUUCGUCAACGAAUACAGUUUGACGCAUACAUUUUUUAAAUCCUAUGUUUAGCACCACAUAGAACGCAUUGCAACUGCCUCUGCAAAGCAGCGUUCCAUUGGAAUGAAUGUACUUCUGGAGUCCCGGAAUGAAGGGCACGGUCCGUGUGAUCGAGGCGUGAGUCUCUAAGAAGAGGCCUGUGCAGAGAGGUAGAAUCAUGUUCCCUACUGCACUACCUCCCUUCUCCGAGUCAGGCUGUGUGAGAAACAGCCCCUGUCAUUGCAGAUUUCAUCCACUUCAGACAUGUUUCGUGUGUGGAUCAAACUCUGUCUCCUCUUGCCAGGAGUAAGUAGCUUCAUGAUCCACAACACGCUCCACAGCCUGUGCUUGGAGGACUUCCCCAAGACGGGCCUGGUUCAGCUGAAUAAAUGCAACCUGGACUCAGUUCUCCAGCAGUGGAUCUGGAGGGACCAGAGUCUCCUGGAGCGUGUGGGGACCUCCAGGUGCCUGUCGGCCCACCACUCUGACCCUGUCCAGACUGUACCCUGUGAGGGGGUAGAGGAUGGGGGACACAGGGGUGAUGGGGGGCUGCGGUGGGGGUGUGAGUUGAACAGGCUGAUCAGUCAGAACAGUUCUCUGGAACUCUCCACAGACGGGAAACGACUGACGCUGUCCCACAGGAGCAAGCAGACCAAGUGGAGGUCUCUGGAUGAAGGGGAUAUAUGCCAGGAGAGGCUCAGAUCCAAAAGGGCAUCGAGCGAUCCCGAUGAGUUUGAGGUGAAACCUGCGGAAGAGCAGAAAGCGGGGCCUCCUGGUAUGACCGAUGAACAGAAAGAAUUCCUCAGAUGGUUCUAUCGCACUGAGGACCCAACUCCCUGGAAGUUUGCGAUGCUGGCUCUGUCCUUCGCUGCCCUUCUGCUGGGCUGUCUGCUUCUGGGAAUGGGCUCCAUGGCGAACAAAAACAGGAAUAAGAUAGCCAAGUACAAGGCGGCGGCUCUGGCCAUGAAGCCGGAGGCGGAAGAACUACAGGUCAUCAUCACGGAAGUUGGAGGUCAAAGAACUAACUCAGAGGUCAAACCCGUCAACAGCGCCUCUGUCCAGGUCAGUAUGAGCCAAUCUGAGAUCCCAGUGAGCCAGGCCAAGCCCCUCCAGGACAACGGGGAGGUAGAGGGGCUCAAACCGGGGGACAUUGUGGUGACCUGGAAUGACGGGAACGUGUCCAGCCUGUACCCCGAGCCUGAGGGGGAAGUGGAGGUGUUGGCGGAGGUAGAGAAAGAAGAGGUGGUUGAGGUAGAGAAAGAAGAGGUGGUGGAGGAGUUAGAGAAAGAGGAGGCAGAAGAGGGAGUGGUGGUAGAGGGAUGAAGGAGAGAGAUAUAACAGCCACGUUCCUCAUUACUGCUCCUCUGCAGAGGCAGAACAGAAACUCCUAUUUACUUAGGCAUAACUGUCAUUUUAAGUUGUUUUAUUUUGACCUGUAACUUAAACAACCACUGUCUGUUUAAUUACUGUAAUGCCCUUUUUACACUACUGUGCUGAGCCAGACCGUACUGUGCUGGCUCAGAUAUUUUAUUGGUGGAUGCAUAACCAUGCCAGCGCAGUACAGCUUGACUUGGCUCAGUAGUGUGAAAAGGGUAUACAACUACUACAAAUAAUGCUGUGUACAAGAUGUGCAGUAUCACAGUCAUCAUUCACAAGUACUUUGUUGGUUGCAGUUUCAGCAAUGCUUGGAAUAUACAUCUACUGUAAACAUUGCUGGCCGUCGAAACAUUGCAACCAACUAUUUAGGAUACCAAAUAGUUAGUAAAUGUUGUUUUUUGGUCAUGAAGAAGUGCAACGUAUUGUUUAUAGUGUAGUGAAGAGUUUUCCUAUGUCUCUUGACAGUAUGUAGGAACACUUAUAAAUCAUGUGUCAUAAGCUAUUCAAGUGUAGUCUACUUGGGAAACACUAAAAGGCAACUAAACAUGGUCUGAGAUAACAUUAAAAUUGGAAGAUCAAACUUCUCUUUAUACAUCUCUUUUGUAAUUCUAUUUGUAAAGUAUUUUUAGUUAUAAUGCUGGCCACCAGGAAGAUUAGCUGAACUCAUGGCAUCAGCUAAUCGGGAUCCUAAUAUAAUACAAACUGGAAUUAUCUUGCUGUGAGUAUAGUGGAAAGCUCUUGUGAGAGAGUAUCCACAUAUAGAUGUUUUGGACAGAAAACAGAAUUCAGUGGGUUAACUUUUGUCAUCAUACUACCUCUCCAUAUGUAAGAUACAUUUUCAUUGUGUUAUAAAAGCAUUCCACCAAUUGCAGUAUUUACAAUAAGGAAAUAAAACUGUUCAUAUCAAAAUA